GCCGGUAAAUAACCCGGAUGUGAUAGGCCAUGUGCAGUCCCGUCUCAGGAGUUCUCCACACGGCUUGUCCUUUUACCUCCAGUAUCAUUCCGUCUCGCAGACUUGCACCUAGUAGCAGCUACAAGCCUCUUACCUCACAAAGAUGUUUCGUCUACCAACCAUCAUGAAGCAGGUGAGGCCUGUGAGCAGGGCGCUUGCGCCUCACCUCACACGAGCCUACGCUAAGGAUGUGAAGUUUGGAGCGGAUGCUCGUGCCCUAAUGCUGCAGGGAGUGGACCUGCUGGCUGACGCUGUGGCUGUCACCAUGGGCCCAAAGGGUCGCAAUGUCAUCAUCGAGCAGAGCUGGGGCAGCCCCAAGGUCACCAAGGAUGGCGUGACGGUGGCCAAGAGCAUCGACCUGAAGGACAAGUACAAGAACAUCGGUGCCAAGCUGGUGCAGGACGUGGCCAACAACACCAACGAGGAGGCCGGUGACGGCACGACCACCGCCACAGUGCUGGCUCGGGCCAUUGCCAAGGAGGGCUUCGACACCAUCAGCAAAGGCGCCAACCCCGUGGAGAUCCGACGCGGAGUCAUGAUGGCUGUAGAAACCGUCAUCAAAGAGCUGAAAAAUCUCUCCAAGCCAGUCACGACCCCCGAGGAGAUUGCCCAGGUUGCUACAAUCUCAGCUAAUGGAGACGUGGAGAUUGGUACCCUAAUUUCCAACGCUAUGAAGAAAGUUGGCCGCAAGGGAGUCAUCACUGUCAAGGAUGGGAAGACCCUGCACGAUGAGCUGGAGAUCAUUGAGGGGAUGAAGUUUGACCGUGGUUACAUCUCCCCUUACUUCAUCAACACUGCCAAAGGUCAGAAGGUUGAGUUCCAGGACGCCUACCUGCUGCUGAGCGAGAAGAAGAUCUCCAGCGUCCAGAGCAUUGUGCCAGCCCUGGAGCUCGCCAACCAGCACCGGAAACCGCUGGUUAUUGUGGCUGAGGAUGUGGACGGAGAGGCCCUCAGCACCUUGGUUCUCAACAGGCUCAAGGUCGGGCUUCAGGUAGUGGCUGUUAAAGCUCCAGGAUUCGGAGACAACAGGAAGAAUCAGCUAAGAGAUAUGGCCAUCGCCACCGGGGGCACUGUGUUUGGAGAUGAUGCAGUAGGUCUGGCUCUUGAAGACAUCCAGGCUCACGACUUUGGUAAGAUUGGUGAAGUCCAAAUUACCAAAGAUGACACCUUGCUGCUGAGGGGAGGCGGCAGCCCAGCUGAGGUUGAUAAGCGUGCAGCGGAGAUCGCCGAGCUGCUGGAGAGCACCACUAGUGACUACGAGAAGGAGAAACUCAACGAGAGGCUGGCCAAGCUGUCCGACGGAGUGGCCGUACUCAAGAUCGGAGGUACUAGUGAUGUGGAGGUGAACGAGAAGAAGGACCGCGUGACCGACGCUCUGAACGCCACACGGGCAGCAGUGGAGGAGGGCAUUGUGCCAGGUGGAGGCUGCGCCCUGCUGCGCUGCAUCCCAAGCCUUGACACCGUCCAAACUGUCAAUGCUGACCAGAAGAUUGGUGUGGAGAUCAUCAGACGGGCGCUACGUAUCCCCGCCUUGACCAUCGCUAAAAAUGCGGGUGUGGAGGGUUCACUAGUGGUGGAGACGAUCCUGCGGGGGUCAGCUGAGCUCGGCUACGACGCCAUGCUGGGAGAGUACGUCAACAUGGUGGAGAAGGGCAUCAUCGACCCCACCAAGGUGGUCAGGACGGCCCUGAUGGACGCCGCAGGAGUCGCCUCCCUGCUCUCCACUGCUGAGUGCGUCGUCACUGAGUUACCCAAGGAGGAGAAGGAGAUGCCAGCAGGCGGCAUGGGAGGCAUGGGCGGCAUGGGAGGCAUGGGUUUCUAAGCCAACCCUCCUAACUUACAGACUUCUAUAGGCAGAGUGGUGCUGGGGUGUGUCUGAGGAGAAAUCCGACAAGAAAACUGCACCCACUUCCACCAAGCUUUGCCCAAAAUGACUGGCCAUGAUGAGGAUGUUUGAGCUGCAAAUGCUGCGUGCCCCCCCUCCCCCUCCCCUCUUCACUCAACAGCAAGAAAGAUGCUAAUCCAGAUUUACUUAACAGUUAUUAUCUCUGUAUAGUGUUUAAAGUGAUCUAAGAACAUAGUAAACAGUAAACAUAUUGUUGAUGCUAUGCAUUACUGUGAGCACGCGAAAAGAGGCAUAGCCAGGUUUUGUCAGUUUCCUUUCACUUUUGUCGUAUUGUGUUAAAUCUUUUUUGUUUUUAUAUAUAUAUAUACAGAUCUGUUUUGUAUCCCCCACCCCCACACUAACAUUAUUUGAGUUAAAAUCUGUUAUUUUAUUUAAUUAAACCAAUUUUCUUGCAGAGCUUGUUGAGAAUUUCCUGUCUCUGAAGUGGCGUUACAUUGCAUGUCCUUGUAUCUGACCACAAUUGGGUGAAGAGUGCCUAAAUGACCAGAGUUGGACUACCACCAGGGGCCUGUUUGAAGUUUUUUUUUUUAAUUUUUACGGAGAUGUCUGUGGUUGUUGUUUUCAUGCAUGCAGCAUUGUGAGUUUAUUCUGAUCCUCAGCUUUUACAUCGAUGAUCUUAAGGGUCGGUUGAUUUCAUAAUACAUGGCUGAUUGAAUGUGAGAGGUGUGGCUCAGUUUACAAAGCAGUUUUCGGACCAGUCAAGGUCUUGGCUACAAAGUCUAAAUGUGAAAAUGUGUGCUGUUAAACAUUGGCCGUCAUUUUUCCCCUCAUACGCUCUGCUUUAACUACGAAGCCAGAAAACUACAGUACCUAGAUAUUUUACUGACAGAACCCAGGACGUAAGCAGUGAUCAUUCGACUUCUGUUUUGUACCAUGUAGACAAUGAUUAAUGGUGAUUUUCUUUUUUUAUUUAAUAAAUUCAAUUGUUCA